UUACCUGGACCUUUACCUCUUCCAUUUAUAGAAAACUCGUAUCUUUUUAAAAGAGAUACUAAACAGCUAUUCAUAUCACUCCAAGAAAAAUAUGGUGACAUUUAUGAAGUUUACCUUGUAGAAGAACUUGGUGUGUCUGAAAUGGGAAUAACACUAAAUAAUAAUCCAAAAAUUUGGAAAUUUAAUCGUCAGCUCUUUAUUCAAGCUAUUCAGUCACAAGAAUUUAAUAAAGAAUCUAUCGAAUGGUCCAAUAAAAUAUUUCAAGAGUUAGAAGAAUAUUGGAAUUCUCUAGCUAAUAAUACUAACUUAUCCAAUAAUAAUUUGCAUGAAUUCACAUUAAAUCUUAUUCAC